AUGCUUGAUAAAAUAUUCACAUUAUCAAUGUCUAAUUUGACGACUUCUAUUAAAACCUUACAAGCAGAACAUUCUGUUUCAACAGAAAACAAAAAUUGGAAAGGUUACUUGAUAUCUAAAGUGGUAUUUAAAAGAGUGUUCACUCAAAAACUCAAACAAAAAUCAAUUCUCAAAAAAGAACCAACUGAUCUUUUACAGAAAUCCAUUAAUGUUUUUGGUUAG